CGGCGUUUGGCAGUUGGGACCAGCGACGGACGGACGGUCGGUCUCUCGCGCUCCCUCCCUGUCUCUCUCUCUCUCUCACACACACACACACGCAGGCGGACGCCUCAGCGAGCGGCCAGGAUGUGGCUGAGACCCGAGGAGGUGUUGCUGAAGAACGCCCUGAAGCUGUGGCUGACCGAGAAGACCAACAACUACUUCAUCCUGCAGCGUCGCCGAGGUUACGGCGAAGGUGGCGGCGGACUGACCGGCCUUCUUGUUGGAACAAUUGAUGCAGUGUUUGAUUCAACUUCCAAGGUAGCUCCUUAUCGAAUUCUGCAUCAGACACCAGAUUCCCAAGUAUAUUGGCCCAUCGCUUGUGGGGCCAACAGUGAAGAAAUAAAUAAGCAUUGGGAAUGGCUGGAACAGAAUGUGAUGAAGAUGCUCUCUGUCUUUGAUACAAAUGAAGAUGUUACUAGCUUUGUUCAGGGAAAAAUCCGGGGUCUAAUAGCAGAAGAAUCUAAAAUGACAUCAAUAAAGGAAGAAGAUGACCCUGAGAAGUUUCGGGAAGCCUUGAUGAAAUUCGAGAAAUGGUUUGGGCUACCGCAACAGGAAAAGCUGGUGACAUACUACUCUUGUAGUUAUUGGAGUGGCCGGGUGCCGUGCCAAGGAUGGGUAUAUCUCAGUAACAACUUCCUCAGCUUCUAUUCCUUCUUUUUAGGCAAAGAAGUUAAGUAUAUGAUAGCCUGGGAUGAAGUAUCAAAACUUGAAAAGACUACAAGUGUCCUCUUGUCAGAGAGCAUUCGAAUUUGCAGUCACGGGGAAGACCAUUAUUUUUCAAUGUUCAUUCACUUAAAUGAAACUUUCCAACUGAUGGAACAGCUUGCAGAUUAUGCUGUAAAGAGAUUAUUUGACAAGGAAACAUUUGAGGAAGAUUCAUCCCUCAAGGACCCUUUGCAAAUAACUAAAAGAGGUUUGGAGAACCGAGCCAGGAACGAAUAUUUCAGAACAAUGUUUAGGCUUUCUAAGGAUGAAAGUUUGAACUACAUAACUGACUGUUUUCUCUGGAUCCCCUUUUGCCACGUCCACACAUUUGGAAAAAUGUUCCUUGCAGAUAAUUACAUAUGCUUUAAUAGCCAGGAUGGAAGUCAGUGCAAUGUAAUCAUUCCAUUGCGGGAGGUCACAGCUAUGGAGAAGCCUCAGAACUCGAGUAAAAGCAUCACCUUCAGUACCAGGAGCAAAAUAACUUUCCGUUUUACUGAAAUUAAGGACUGUGAUAACAUAGAAAAGAUACUGGGAAGGAAACUAAAAUGUGGAAUGAGUAAUCUGCAUCAGAAGCCAUCGAGUGAAGAGGCUUAUCCAGAUAGUAGCCACAUUGGACAAAAUGAUCCUUCGUUUUCAGACGGUCAACAGAAUUCACCGUUUAAGGAAAGCAAUAAAACUGUGAACACAGAAGCACUAAUGACUGCUUUUCAUCCACAAGAUGCAGAAAAUCUGAAUUCUAAAAUGUUGAAGGAAAAAAUGAAAGUACAAUUGUGGAACAUUCAUUUUGUGGAAUAUGGUCGUGGAGUUUGCAUGUUUCGAACCAAAAAGACUCGGGACAUUGUUGUGAGAGGAAUUCCAGAAUCCCUAAGAGGGGAGCUUUGGCUGCUAUUUUCAGGUGCAAAUAACGAUAUGGCUGCUCACCCUGGUUAUUACACUGAGCUCGUGGCAAAAUCCAUGGAUACAUUUUCUUUGGCCACUGAUGAGAUUGAACGUGACCUUCAUCGCUCAUUGCCUGAACAUCCGGCAUUCCAAAGUGAUACAGGCAUUUCUGCACUGCGGAGAGUGCUCACAGCCUAUGCUUACAGGAAUCCUAAAAUAGGCUACUGUCAGGCAAUGAAUAUUUUGACAUCUGUUCUGCUGCUAUAUGCUAAGGAAGAAGAGGCUUUCUGGUUGCUCGUGUCUGUGUGUGAGAGAAUGCUCCCAGAUUACUUCAAUCAGCGAAUAAUUGGUGCUUUGGUGGAUCAGGCAGUUUUUGAAGAGCUUAUCAGAGAUCAGCUUCCCCAGUUGACUGAUCACAUGACAGACAUGACCUUUUUUUCAUCGGUUUCCCUAUCGUGGUUUCUCACUGUGUUUAUUUCUGUGAUGCCCAUUGAGAGUGCGGUGAACGUGGUUGACUGUUUCUUCUAUGAUGGCAUAAAGGCUGUCUUGCAACUUGGCCUCGUGGUUUUAGACUAUAACAUGGACAAGCUGCUUCUCUGCAAAGAUGAUGCGGAAGCGGUGACCAUUUUAAACAAAUUUUUUGAUAAUGUUACUAACAAAGACAGCCCUUUACCACCAAUGGCUCAUCAACCCCCAAUUGCCAGCGACAACCAGCAUCCUCACCCAAAGGUGGACAUAACUGAGCUCAUCAGAGAAUCCUACGAGAAAUAUGGCGACAUUCGAACAGUGGAGGUUGAGAGUAUGCGACGUAGGAACAGGCUCUAUGUGAUUCAGACUCUGGAAGACACUACAAAACAGAACGUGCUGCGAGUUGUGUCACAGGAAGUGAGGUUCAGCACAAAAGAACUGGAAGACCUCUUUGAUCUGUUCAAGAAAGAACAUUUCUUAAGUUGUUACUGGAAAUCAAACAGUGUGACACUCAAGCACCAUAAACCCAGCCUGCCGUAUCUAGAGCAAUACCAAAUUGACCGCCAGCAGUAUUGUGCAUUGUUCAGGCUCCUGAGUCCGUGGUCAUACUCUGCCAAUGCAGAUUCAUUAGCAAUGUGGAGCUUCCAACAUCUGGUUGAAAAUUCUUACCAUCUCAUCAAUUUCAAAGAGUUUUCAUGUCUUCUGGAUGUGAUGUGCAAUGGAAGUUUUACUGACAAACUGAAGCUACUUUUUAAAAUGCAUAUUCUUCCAGAAGUUACUGAAGAUCAAAGUACAAAUUCUGGAGCUUCAAAACACUCACAACUUGCUAGCACGGAAAUGACACAUGGUGAUCAGUUCAAAGUGUUAUUACAUUCUAUUCCUAUACAAGAUCAAGCUACAAGUCCAGAAGGAGGAAGUGGCAAAGGGAAAGUUGAUGUCCAGUCUUAUUUGAAACAGUGGCAAGACGAGCUGCUGCGGAAAGAAGAAAAUAUUCGAGACUUGCCAAGGAUACAUCAGACACAAUUCAUUCAGUUCUCUAAAACGUUAUACAACCUGUUCCACGGAGAUCCCAAUGAGGAGGCACUCUAUCGAGCUGUGGCAACAGUCACUGGUCUCUUAUUGAGAAUGGAAGAAGUAGGCAGAAGGCUGAACAACCCGAGCUCUCCCAGUAAAACUAAAUCAGAUAAAAACCAAGACCAGCAAUGUGGUGACAACUUUCAGGAGAGCAGUGUGUUGCCAAAGGAGGAAGAUACUCCCACAGAAGCUCAAAGCGAAACAGAAUGGACCUUUGCCUUUGAACAGAUAUUGGCCUCUCUACUAAAUGAACCAGUUUUGGUCGAGUUUUUUGAGAAACCUGUGGACACGAAGGUAAAAAUAGAAAAAGCUAAAGCUGUUCAACUGAAAAGUAAAAUUGGCCAACUCCCAAUGUAAAGAGUAGCCUGUGGUCUUCUUUACAAGUUUAUGCCAAUAUUUUUUUGAUUGUACAAUAAACUGAGUGCCAGCUGGAACCUUGGCGAGUGACGUGUAAAAUGUGUAGUCUGAUCUCAGUCAGCUUUUAGGUGAAAUAAUUCUUUGCUGCAAAACGAUUGUUGUCAUUCUUGCAAUGAAGGUUGAUUUGUUUUGGGGGGUAGCAGGAAGGUUCAACAAUUUUGAAUGCGGUGGUGAAAAAAAUACUGACCCAUGCAGAAUAGAAUGCCACCUAUGUUACUGAUUUUGAAGUGAGUUCUUCAGAUGUCAGACCAGACAACCUUUCUCUGUAGUAGAAUUUAUCAAAUGAGCAUCUGUUACUUUGAACUAAGUGGGAUGCCAUUGCCAUCCACUGGAGGGUGCUGUUGGAAUGCUCUCCUUUUGCUAUGAGAUUAAUGUAAUAUUUUUCUUGUAUUUUGUAGUCUGAAGAAUAGAUUUAUAUGUACUAAUGAAGUUUUUUCAAUAGUACUGAUUAAACCAAACCAUAUAUAAUUCAACAAAAGGGAAUCUUAAAAAAAAUGCAUAAUGUGCUUUUAAAGGGUGUGUAGAUAUUCUGUUCAUAUACUUCCAAAUUGUUGUAUUGUAUUGAUUUAUUUCUGCUUCAAGGAUAUGUCCAUGGCAAUUAGUGUACCCAAGAAUGGGAACUUGUAUAAAAGGUACAGAAUUCUUGAUGCAAGAUGUCAGUAACUGCACUACAAAACGUAUAUUGCUUAAAGUAUAAAAUGUACCUGCAUUAUCUUGAAACUUAAUAAUACAAAAAUGUCCAAAUUAACUAUUUCAGCAAUUAACUAUUUCAGUAAAUAGCAUUAAAGUAAGAUUGCUAAAAAUAUAUAUGGGUAUAUAUAGUCAAGUUUCACAGGAAAUGUUCAUUUAGCAAUCAUGUAUAGGAAAUAACUAAUAUACAGCAGACUUGCACUUGAAAUAUUAAUUAGAGUAAAGAUAUUUACAAAUUUUGGCUGUAAAUAUUGAGUUGAAAGUUUCUUGUGCCAAACACUGAGGCACUUAGUGUGUUUUUUUUAAAAAAAAGUCAACUUGUGUGUGUCCUUCCUGUUGUUUAUAUUGCAUUUUCUUCUAUCUGAUCUCUUCUUUCAGCCCCCAUCUAAGACAUCUUCAAAAUAAAUAUUUUCAGUUCCAGUGCA